GAUUGGGUUUUACUUUGGAUUUGGUGGGUUAUUUCUCUACCCCUAACUGCACAUAUGGAAAUCUAUUGUGAAUAGAUAGCUUCCAUCUCGAUCCCCUCGCUCCGCACCCAAGCUGAUCGUUUCUGCACUCACUUAACAACUCUCUGCUUAUAAAUUUAAACCCAAAAUUCUCCUCCUCCUAGUACGCCAUGCCCUGCUCUUCACUGGAUUCCAACUUGGAUCUUCAAUCUAUGGGUGUAAAUGCUUCCAUGGAAGAACCCGAAGCUGAACCAAUACAAAAUUCAAACGGAAAAGAGUUUGUUGCCGUUGAAGGAACUUCCGAUGAGGAACCGUAUGUCGGGAAGGAAUUCGAAUCGGAAGAAGCAGCCAAAGUGUUCUACGACGCCUACGCCACUCGUGUGGGAUUCAUCAUGCGUGUAGAUGCGUUUCGCCGCUCAAUGCGUGACGGCAAAGUGGUUUGGCGUCGACUGGUCUGUAACAAAGAAGGGUUCCGGAAGCUAAGGCCUCGUAGAAGUGAAAAUCGAAAGCCUAGAGCGAUUACCAGAGAAGGGUGUAAAGCCAUGAUUGUGGUAAAGAAAGAAAAGACAGGGAAAUGGAUUGUUACCAGGUUUGUUAAGGAACAUAAUCAUCAGCUGGUUCCUAUUCCCGUCAAUGGUCGCCGAAGCAUGCUUUUGUCGCAAACGCCGGAUGAGAAAGAUGUAAAAAUUCGAGAAUUGACGGCUGAGUUACAACGGGAACGAAAGCGUUCUGCAGCAAUUCAAGAGCAGCUUGACAUGGUAUUAAGAGAAAUGGAAGAGCAUUCUAAUCACCUAUCAAGGAACAUUGAUGAUAUUGUUCAAAGUGUGAGGGAAAUCGAGUCGAAUCCGGUUGCACAUUUUAAGAGGCAAUAGUUCUAGUAAACUGUAAAAAUUUUUACAUACUUUCCACUCUCGAAAAGAAUGGCUUGUAAUCUAUUUUGUUCUUUUUCCUGGUGUUUUUCUUACAUAAUCUAGAUUGAGGUGAGCAACCGUAUACUUAGAAGAAGAUGAACUAUUAAAAUUUUGCUAUAUUUAUUAUUAAAUCUAAUUCUGUGCAA